UCCUCCUGAUUUCGAUGGCUUUCCUGAAUGGCUGACUGUGGGCUGCCCUGGACUUGGCCCCCGGACAGUCGCCUCUCCUCCUCCUCCUCCUCCUCCUCUUCCUCCUCCUCUUCCUCCUCCUACUCCAACUCCUCGGCACACCAGCUCUGAGAGCGAGAGAGUGAACGAGAGAGGGAGGGAGAGAGUGAGAGCGAGCGAGAUCUUUGGAGAGAUUUUUUUUUUUUUUUUUUUUUUUUUUUGCCUCCUACUUCUGUCUUGAAGCCAGACAAUCGACUUGCAGCUCUCCCUCCCCUCCCUCUCUCUCCACGUUCUGCUCCCACUCUCUCUCCCCUGGCCCCUUCCCCUCCCCUCCGGGCCGAAAGCCCCCCGAAACCAACAAAGCUGAGCCGAGGGAAACAAACAAAACAAACACACCGGGCCAGACAAGCAAUCGACAAAACUUUGCAAAAGCAGAAACAAAAAAGGAAAAACUAACCAACCUCAACCAACCAGCCCCCGAGCCACCCGGGGCGCCCUCCCGCGCCCUCUCGCACCCUCGCACACACAAAAGGCGGCGCGCCGGAGCCCGAGACCCGGGAGCCGCCGCCGCCCGCAGCCAGGGGAGCAGGAAGUCCGGACGCGGCCCCCAUAGAUAUGGCAAUGGUAGUCAGCACGUGGCGCGACCCCCAGGACGAGGUGCCCGGCUCGCAGGGCAGCCAGGCCUCGCAGGCGCCGCCUGUGCCCGGCCCGCCGCCCGGCGCCCCGCACACGCCACAGACGCCGGGCCAAGGGGGCCCGGCCAGCACGCCGGCCCAGACGGCGGCCGGUGGCCAGGGCGGCCCUGGCGGCCCCGGCGGCGACAAGCAGCAGCAGCAGCAGCACAUCGAGUGCGUGGUGUGCGGGGACAAGUCGAGCGGCAAGCACUACGGCCAGUUCACGUGCGAGGGCUGCAAGAGCUUCUUCAAGCGCAGCGUGCGGAGGAACCUGAGCUACACGUGCCGCGCCAACCGGAACUGUCCCAUCGACCAGCACCACCGCAACCAGUGCCAGUACUGCCGCCUCAAAAAGUGCCUCAAAGUGGGCAUGAGACGGGAAGCGGUGCAGAGGGGCAGGAUGCCGCCCACCCAGCCAACCCACGGGCAGUUUGCGCUGACCAACGGGGACCCUCUCAACUGCCACUCGUACCUGUCCGGAUAUAUUUCUCUGCUGCUGCGCGCCGAGCCCUACCCCACGUCGCGCUUCGGCAGCCAGUGCAUGCAGCCCAACAACAUCAUGGGCAUCGAGAACAUUUGCGAACUGGCCGCGCGGAUGCUCUUCAGCGCCGUCGAGUGGGCCCGGAACAUCCCCUUCUUCCCUGACCUGCAGAUCACCGACCAGGUGGCCCUGCUUCGCCUCACCUGGAGCGAGCUGUUCGUGCUGAACGCGGCACAGUGCUCCAUGCCUCUCCACGUCGCCCCGCUCCUGGCCGCCGCUGGCCUACACGCCUCACCCAUGUCCGCCGACCGAGUGGUCGCCUUUAUGGACCACAUACGGAUCUUCCAAGAGCAAGUGGAGAAGCUCAAAGCGCUGCACGUCGACUCCGCCGAGUACAGCUGUCUCAAGGCCAUAGUCCUGUUCACCUCAGAUGCCUCUGGGCCCUGCAGCUGUCCUGGCAUCAUCUCUGCAGGGGAAAAGUUUGCCCCUGCAGGGGAAAAGUUUGCCUGCUAACUCAGUGGGAGCUGGAGCUCCAGGCAAACCCAACCUGAGGGCAGCAGUUUUCAAAAUCAUAUUCUUAUUAAAACAAUGCAGACUGCCAGGAGAGGAGGAAGGCUGUCAGGAAGGGGGCAAGAGGAAGAAAGGGGGCAUCAUAACUGUCCAGGAUGUCUGCAAGGGGUUGAAGACUCUGGCCUCUAGCUUGCUCUGCCCAGGCAAACACUUCAGACAAUUUUCAGACAACCCAAAAUGUAUGCCAACUUGGGCUGGGUAUGAAUGUUGCCAGAGAUAUAAAACCAUCAUUGACUGCGUUAUGAAAUCUAAUUAGUUUGCAUGUAGUUUAACCUGUGUGAGUAAUAGAUCUAAUAUUAAUUAACUCUUGAGGCCAAAUGAUUUCUGAAGGUGUCUGGCUUUCCACUUUGGGCCACACCUGAGCCUUUUGGCUGCCUCCAGGCUGAGUUCAGCACAUCCCAGGUGGGUGGAAAUCACCCCCUCUCCAUUCUCUUUCUAAGUUGUCAGCUGAUCCCUUUGUCAUGGCUGAGAGGGGGGGAAAGAGGUUCCCAAUUAAGAAUUACAAACAUUUGGACGUUUGUGGGGCUUGGAACCUAGGAACUGCAGUUUUUUACAGCUUGUAACCAGGACACUCGGAGAGCUGGGUAGUUCUUGUGGCAGACAAAAAGAUUCACAGUCUCUUCCUUAUUGUUUGAAGGAAAUCUGGGGACCCAAGUCAUUAGCUCAAUCGAUUGCAGGUUCUGAGUCCUUAACCCACUGUCUGUUAUACGCUACUGGUUUGUUUGUUUUUUUUUUUAACACAUAACCUCCCCCCACAGCCACCCCAAAUUCUGCCUUUGAAAGUCCUUAGGUAAUCAAUUAAAGGGCAGUGUCUGGGCAAGGAAGAGCUGUAUAGAGAGGCUUGGAUCUGGAGUAUUUUUCUCAGGGGAACUGUCAUAACUAGAACAUUUGCCUGAUGCAAAUGUACAGGCAGGAUAUUCCCCUAACCCCAUAGCCCCCUUCACCCCCAGCCCACAACCCUCCACCCAGCCAACGAUCCCAGGCGACGGGGGUGUUGUUAAUUUCUCCCUAUCAUUGUUAGCUCUUAGCCUUACCCUUGGUCUCUUCAAGGAAAGAAAUGCCUGAUACUGUCGUAAGAGUUUAAUUUAUUACUAUUUGCAAAAUGCAGAGGCCUGUGUGGAGAAUGCAGAUCGCCUCACAAAGAGAUAAAGGUCCCUCUUAUCUGAUUCGUAGGGAGACACACAGUGUACCCAUGCAAAGGGAGGGAGUCCAAUGCAGACAGAUCUUUUAAUUCCUGACCACAGACACCUAUGCAUUCUUUACAUGCAGAGUCCCUGGAUACACACAUGAGGAAAUUACAUGUGUCUUCUGGUUCUGGGGGCUGGAGGUGGUGGCGGCUGUUUUCAAAUAUCUGUUUUAAGGAUUCACAGUAUGCAUGUGUUAGCCCCAAGUCUUGUCUGGGGCGCCCAAAAAGGUCAGGUCACAACCUGCGCCGCCUCCACUGAGAAGCCUCUCAUUUCAAAGGCACUUAUUGUAUUUUCACAUAUCCCAAAGAGAAAAGUGUUUUCCUGAAGAUAGCGGGGGGGGGGGGGGGGUUUCUUCUUGGAGGGAACUGGGUUUUAAAAUAAAUAAAUAAAUAAAUAAAUAAAUAAAUAAAUAAAGGGGGGUAGGAGAAAAAGGGAGAGAGAAGAAAAGGGGGAAAAGAAACAGCUCAAAUGAACAGAGAGAUCACAGUUUGCAUGGCUGCCCUUCAAUAGGGCUAAACUGACAAGAUCAGUUUUAAAGGGCCACUUAAAUCAGUUUCAAAGACUGGAGAAAAAUGAGUCGCCCUCUUUGGGGAGAAUCUGAGGCUGGGUCGUGGACGCCAUUACUAGAGGCUGGGCCAGGUUGUGGCCCUCCUCUCCCACCACCCCCCCCCAAUAUAUAAUUAUAAGCCAAACUCUUAUUUACAGAGGAGGAGGGGGAGGAGCACUGGCAGUUUUGGUUUCAUCUGUUUGUCUGUCCGUCAACUGACUUGAGCCAGAUUCACCCAGUGCACUUUGCUUGGGCCUCCCAGGGACCAAGCCUGAGUUCUGGUGGCGUGAAAGCCUGCGGUGCACUGAGCUGUGUUUUACUUUAAAGCAAAUACCCCCAGGACCAUCUCGUGCUCUCCAACCCCCACCCCCCACCCCCCCUCCUCCAUCCAAGUUUUCAGUAUACUGGCAUUUGCUCCAACUCCGGUUGGGGCAGUUUGACAAAGCACUGCACACACACCUCAUGUGACCCAUUUCAAACCUCUUAAUCUGAUGACUGAAUCCUUCUUCUUCUCCUCCUUCUCCUUCUUCUUCUUCUUUUUUU